AGUGCCAAACUCAUUGAAAUGACGUUUGACAUAUCAGAGAUGAAAAUUUAAUUUUGGAAGAUUCAACGUAUUCGUGAAAACAGAUACUUGGAUGGUGAAUAAGUGCAUAAAUUGAAUCUAAUCAAAGGGGGUCAUGUCUUCUUCAAUAUCAGAAUACUUGAAAGAUACAGUGACUGUGCUCAUAAACGCUAUUGGAGAUAAUGAUAAUACAGUCAACAAUGUUAUUAUUAAAUCUCUGGUGAAGAUAUCAAAUGUACAUCCAAAUGAAGUUAUCGAGAUAUUUUGCGAAUUCUACCGCAAUACAGUUAAGAGUAAUGUUAUUCAGUUGGGAAACCUAGUAAAGGUAUUGGAACAAACAUGUGUGAAUCAGCUCAAGAAAAUUGAUCAAAAUGUAGCUAAAGAGCUCAUUAAUGCGAUGCUCCGUGCCAUGAUGGAGAAUCCUCUGUAUGAGCCGGUAGUUCAGAUGGGGGCAUCAUCUGUUCUAGUUGCUAUCAGCCAUGAGUACUUGGAUCUGGUACUCCGAUCUUUAAUCGAUCAGAUAUCACCCGCUUCCUUGCCGCAUUACACGAUCGCGCACACACUCGGCACGCUAGCGGCGGUCAACACGCACGAACUUGUGCCACACGUCAAGGAGAUCCUUGGCAAGAUGCUGCCGUUACUGCCUCUCGUUAAACAGGAUGGAUCCAAGCAAGCCUUUGCUUAUGCGUUCGGCCACUUCGCUGUAGCCGUGUCCGAACAAAUAGGCGACAAUGUUGCAAACGACAAUAUAACAUCCAUAAAGGACAAUUUUGUCACGGAAUUCACUAUAGUCUUCGACGUGUUGUACAAUCAAUGGCUGCCGUGCCACGAACCCAAAGUAUCAGAAUCGGUACUCGAGGCCCUCGGCCCCAUCACACGGCUCAUAUCAGAGAGACAGUUCAACGAAACGGUCAACAAGUUCGUCCUGUCACUGCUGUCCUUAUAUCGCAAACCAGCUAUCAACUUCUACUGCAUCAGUCAGUGCAUAUCAUACUUAUUGUCACCUUCGCCCUUAAAUCCAAAACUGACGUUAAAUGACAACGUCAUAAAUUCCAUCAAUAAUGUGUUGUUUAACCUGGUGCUGUUGGAGCCCGAUUACGAUCAGCCGCACACCGUCAAGAAUCACUUUGAAGUACUGCGCUGCUUCGACCACAUGACGACGCAGUUCUCAGACCAAACCGUCGAAAGUCUGUUGCAUCACUGUAAACAUAACCAAGAGAAAGACAGAAUGAAAGCCGUCAUAAUCCUGACCCACCUAACGACGUCCUCGCAGAUAUUUAUCGAACAUUUCUCGUCAAAGUUCAUAACGAUUUUGAAAGUGAUGAUCGUGAUGGAACAGGGCGUGAAGAUGAAGAAACUCCUCGUCAAGGCCAUAGUGGGCCUCGUGUACAGGAACUGCAUAAUGUCGCCGGAGGAUUUUGUGAUGGUGGAGUUUAUAAUAAAGCACUGCGGAUACGAGGGUACACCCACCACAACGAAGGCCGAAGUUCUGGAUCUACAAGACACUUGUAAAAGUUCCCUCGUACUCAUGUGUAAUACUGUCACCAGCGUGCGCUCGCAGCUACGUAAUUUGUUAUUGAAUUCGCUAACUGUCGACGAGUUCACCUCUUCCAUGUCGACCGUCAGCCACUGUCUGACUUCCCUCCUUCAGAAUAAUUCAGACGUAAUUCCCGACGAGCAGUCGGACAGAACAGAGAGGUUGAAAUUAAACUGUUCACCAGAUUUAGUUUUUGUCAGAUGUUUGAUUCAAAUUGCGGACCCUGACCGAACCGAAACUAAUAAAAACGUACUCGUCUUCUUGGACGAAUUUUCCGGUGACGUUCAUAAGAAUUUGAAAAAUAAGUGGACCAUCGAAAUACAGCGGCUGUUGAAGUUUGUGGAAAAAAACGAAUCCAAAGAACAAUGGCACGGGAUGCUUUUGGAUCUCCUAGUGUCAGCCAUAGAAGAAGUUAACAGUAACAAAUGGGUGGAAACGAUAUCGACAUUGGUGUCGCAGCAGAUUAUGGGGAAAAAGCAAUCGCCGAUGUUUAAAGGAGUCUCACUUCAAUAUUUAGCGAUACUUUCAUGUCACUUGUCUAAUGCGGCCGUCGUAGAAACUGUUCUAAAGAUAAUACUGCUCGCUUUGAAAUCGAUCCCCAUGGCCAGUGUGGACUGUGUGAGCAAAGCGGUCGGCAUCGCGUCGAGGGUUCACGGAGAAUGUGUUCUCAACGAGCUUGACGCUAUCUAUAAAGAAAAUGAAGCGAGACGCGGCAAUAAACUCCUGAAUUUCCUGUCAACCCGAGCCUCGAAGAACGAGCUCGAAUUAUCCAUAGUUAAAUAUGCCGUGAUAACUUGUUACGGUAAAGUAGCGAACGAGUGCUUGGAUGUUCACGUCCUGGCCAGGUUAGGCGAAAAUAUAACUUCCAUACUCUAUGAAAUAUUGAAAUCGAAUCCGCCCUUCGAUUUGUGCAAAGCCAGUGUGACGACUCUUUAUGAAAUAAGUAAGGCUUUAUAUCCAGCGGCACAUCACAAUGUGGCGUUAAGAAAUCGUUGGCAGCUAUUGAACGCGGUGCUGGAGCAAAUAUAUAACAGUAACCUCGACAAGCGACACGUCGAAUUGUACCCGAUUGUGGUGAAGGCUUCUAAAGCGUUGACAAAAUUGCAGAAGGGCAUUUUGCCUGAAGAGAGAAAUACCAUUUUAAGAGUCUUAUUCAGCAGCAUCUUCGGUGAACUGUCCUCAUAUAAACAGAAAUAUGAACUCGAAAAGAACGGCGAUCAGAACGACUUGCUCGCCAAAACAUUGAACGAUUCCCUCACGCUGUUACAUGAACUAAUCAAGGAAUUGAUCAUUCAGUCAACAUGCCUCAGUACUAUCGACGAUAUUGUCAGUCUAUCGAUCGAGUGGAUCCGCCACGACAACGACGAAAUCCGCACCGCAGCUACGCUAAUACUGCAAGUGGUUUUCGAUGCAUACAUUAAAAACGUCAAGCUCAACUACGAAACUCCAAGUAAAUUCGGACAAAUGGGAUAUCUCUUGGGCAUCAUCGUACCUGGAGUCGCCGACGCGAAUUUCGCUGUCAGAUUGACAACGAUAGACUGCAUCAAGCUCGUCAUACAGAUACAGGAUCUGUACGAAGGGCACACCGUGAAUCCCGAGGACGAAUGCAUAAAUGGUCUAUCGAAGUUACAGAAUAACGUACUAACCAACGACUUGAACAUGAUAAGUCACUACUGCACCAAUCUCUGUGAUAUGAUUUCUCAUAAGAUACCGCAUUUGCAUAACAUGCAGUUUGUGGAGAGCCUGUUGGACGGCUACGACGACCAGGAGUUCAGGAGCGUCGGCAUCAGCUCUGUACUGGACGCCUUCAUCGUCCAGAAAGGUCAAGACCUGUUCCAGAACAUCGAGAGGAUAGUAGAGGUCCUGUUGACCACCAUGGACGAAGUCGGCCACGACGCUCGCAUCAGACUCAUGAGACCCGUGACGUCACUCACGCGUCAUCACUCCAAUGCCGUGACAGCCGUGCUGUUGGGACAAAAGCUGCCUUUAAUACCUUCCGUCAUAUCUUGCUGGCGUUAUCUGGCCCGCGACGAGAGUCUGUCUUCGGCUAUAGUCGAUAACUUCUUGCGACUGAUGACCUCCAUCGAGCUUUACGAGGAUCCUUAUCACAUCACGGAGAAUCACGUGGCCGCCUUGCAGCCUUUGACCCUGAUAAGCGCCCUCGGAGAGAUGCUGCAGGAGUUAACAAUGAGAGGAACGUGUCUCGCCAAGUUCCCGGAGCUGUUCUCAGUACUGUACACGACUCUGGCGUGUUACAUAGAAGCCGAACCACCAGCGUACAGUCUGCCGCACAAGAACCAGGACCGCUUCGGAUUCAUACCCAACAGAGAAGCCAUCAAGUUGUCGCCGGCUCGGAUCACCAUCAACACCUUCAACGUCUUCCUCGAGAGAGCUGACUGUUACAAGGUGAAGGAGGCGUGUUCUCUGUGCCUGAGCGUGGAGCACGGUGACAGCACCGCCACUCUGUUGGAGCUGGCUCCGAUUCUGUCCGCGGCGAUCAGUGCGUCACCCGCCCUGCCCAAGGUGGUGUCGCGGGUGGCGCUCUACUCGCGGUCACCUCUCCCGCCACAGAGAUGUGCUGCACUCGCCUUAUUGGCGGAUCUCUUGAAUUACAGAUGUAAUGACAACAGCGUGUUGAUCGAGACGGUGUUGUCGUCGCUGUCCACCGGCUGGAAGGACGGGGACGGGCGAGUGAGGUCCGCGUGUCUACGGACCGCCGCCAACGUGUGUCGCCUGGCCCGGGAACACAGGGAACACGCCGUGCCCGCCGCACUCACCGCGCUCAGCCAGGGAAUAGACGCGCACACCACCAUGUCGACCGUAGACAACGUCCCGCUAGCUGCCAUCCAGGGCCUGAGCCGACUGCUCAUGGAGACAGACGACAUAGACAAGGAGUUCGAGAGAGAGCUGGUGGCCGUCUCUCAGAAGAUACGACCCUUCAUGAACACGGACUGCUGCCACCUGAGAGAGAGCUCCAUCAGACUGUUCGGGCUGGUGGCGGGCAGGCUGCGGCGCGGCUCGCUGGGCGACCAGGCCGUGAGCUGCAUACCCUGCUUCCUGCUACAUCUGUGUGACACCAACCCCGCCGUCGUCAGGGCCAGUAAGUUUACCCUGCGCCAGGUGUUCAAGACGUUCAACGUGAAGAAAUCCAACGACUUCGUCCAAGCGCACCUGCUGGACGAGGGCCGGCUCUAUCUGGACGAGUUCCUGUCGGCUCUGCUGCGCCACCUGGCGGACGAGAUGCCCGCCGCUAUCGUCAAGUGCAUCGAGACGGCCGGCAACUACCUACAGGGCGCGAGAGACGAAAUAAAACCACACGCACCCCUGUUGAUAGGUAUUCUAUAUUCCGAGCUGGCUCGCCUCCCGGCCUCUGAGCGCUCGUCCCUGGAGCGUGACGUCACACAGCGUGCCAGGACGCGCCUCCUGGCGCUCCUCACCGACACCGACGCCAGAGUGAGACAGAACGCUGCCGCAGCGCUCGCUAACAUGUGUCUAGUGUAAGAGAGAGAGGGGAGAGGGGAGAGGAGAAGGAAGAGAUUAUCUGACCAAUUGUAUGUUUUAGAAAGUGUCCUUACUGUUUGUCUGUUCUCCAUAAGGAAAGUUAUAUGUUGUCUUUGAUGUAGCGUGAACCUUAACAAUGUGAUGUAAAGGUUUAACAAAUGAUACUUAAAUAUUCAAGAAUAUAUAUAUAUAUAUAUAUAUAUAAAUCAGGUGCUAGCUACGGUUAUUAAAAAUGUAUGUUGAUUAAAUAUAUAUAUAUAUGAUAUAAAAUAAAAUAAUAUUCGUUCUUCUCGUUUCUAGUGCUGUACUGUAUGGGAAAAUAGCAUUAGUUAUAUGUAAGAUGAUUCAUUGUUACUUAUAUACUUGUCUGCUGAAGUCUCCCGCCGCCUCCCUGCUAUGGUGUGUACCGACAUCGCCGGCUCUGCUUGCGAAAAAGCUUUCACAGAAAAAUUCUGCAAUAGAUUAUAAACGUGAUGUAUUUUUAUCUGUCGAUUAUUUAUAAUCUGUAUAUUAUCGUUCAUCUCACUCGGAUGCGAUCACACAUCAUUGAUUAAAAAUAUGAUGUAAUCGCUGCGUUAUUUGAUAUUAACCUGCAACUUGUUAUUCGAGGCUUUAAGAGAAAGCUUACGCCUUGCUGACACACCCCGGCCGAGUCGAGGAGUGAGGGGACUGUCGGGGGACUGUCGCUGAACUAUGAUUACUAACUUAACCAAAAAAAUAUAUUGGCUUUAGAGUUUUAGAAACUUCUAUAUUAUCCAUUAAUUUAUAUUAUAUUUGAAUACGUAGUCAUUAAAAUUUCUAUGAUUUUAAACAUAUAUCGAUUUUAUUAUGAAUUUUUUUUUAUCGAUUAACUAGUUAUGUGGCAUAUUGAUUCGGGGACUUAUAAUGCAGUAGUCGUCAGUCGUUACGUCCUGUGAUGUUAAAAUAAUUCCAACACACUGUAUAUAUCGGCCGUCUGAAUGAGCUUUGUAAUGUUGAUAUAUCUUAUAUAAGAAAUACAAGAGUUAUCGGAGCGGCUGUGGCUGGUGUUGUUUCAAUAAAGUGAUAUUAAAAUUUCAA